AUUGAAAACUGGAGGGAACACAAAUGAGAUGGAAACAUUACACACAGCUACAGGAUAGCGCCAUCCAUUGGACACCGCCGGCGGGUGCAGCCCCUCCCCCUCUGUUCUCCCCUCAGACGGUUGGUGACGGACUCUACAGUCAGGACUCAGGAGGUGUCCGCCAUGUCCGGUGACCCGGCUCUAGUGCGACCCACUCGGAUCCCAAAGUGUACCCGCUGCCGAAAUCACGGCCUUGUGGUGCCGGUGCGGGGACACUCCGGCCAUUGCAUGUGGAAACUGUGCAACUGCCCCAAGUGUUCCCUCAUCACCGAGAGACAUAAGAUCCUGGAGGAGCACAAGCUUCUCCGCAGGCCCCGGACCGAAGAGCCGCCCCCCACCGAGGACCGGACACCCGACAGAACCGGGAACACGGCGCCGCGCGCGGCCCAGGCGGAGUCUCCGGAUUUAAAAAGGAAGAAAAUGUCCCCAACCAGGAUUUCAUCUUUUGAAACUGUAAAAAGAAGCCCAGCCACCGUACUGACAGGGCCCCCCAUGUAUCCCACAGAAUAUUUGCAAACCUUGGAUUACUUCGCAAGAGAGACCACAAGGAUGUAUCUUGGCUGCCCACCUAUAUACCACUACCCAGCAUUCCCAAUAGGCGGACCUGCCUCAGGAUUUAGGAAUGCAUUUAUACCCCUUUCUACUCGUUCCACUCCUGCUUCUUCAGUUUUCCCAUUUAGAGGUUUACGACCAUACUACCCACUUCAAGAUGUAAGGGGAGAUUUCCGUCCAAGCUAUUACUCUCCAAUACCUCAAUACAUACCACCUGGUUAUCUGCCAAGCCCACACUACAUGCCUUCUACUGUGCCUAUGAAUGUCAGUUUCAUGGCAGAACCCAAUACAAGCUUAUUUGGUCAGGCUGUACCACAUAGCCAGAGCCUUGGGAUUGAAUCAGGGACAAGUGAGACACCAGCCCACAGCGAGAGCACCUAAUCACUCUGGAAAUUCUGCCACGUUGCUAUAUAGAUACCAAAAUAUUUUCAGAAAUAAUUAAAGGGGUUAUUAGGUGGUAAUACUUUUUUUUUUUUUUUACAUAUAGCUUUGGGUGGUGUAAAAAUAAACAAGAGAUGAUACUCACUUACCCCAUCCCAGCAUCACUGCCUCUACCUGGUUCUAAAGAUGAGUUGUCUCCACAAGAAUGGCCCCACUAGGCCAAUCACUGUCCAUAGCGUUGUGUCUCUCCUCAUUGAAUGGAUGAUUGGGAAGUUCUUGUGGGAAUGACAUGUCACCAGAGGUGACAAACAGGAACUAGGAGCUGUCGAAACAGCAGCUUCAGCUGAUUGGGGUAGGUGAGUAUCACUUCUUUUUUUAUUUUUUUUAUGUCACACCAUCCUAAGCUAUAUAUAUAUAUGUUUUUUUUUAACAUUAUCCCUUGACAACCCCUUUAAAGAAACAAUAUUGUUUAGAUUCCAAAUACCCAGCCCUGUUUUUUAAUCUUUUAUGUGUCUUUUUUUUGUACAAUUUUAAUGAGACUGAAAACAAAUAGUUACAUUUUAAGAUGCAGUUUAUGUUUUCCUGGGUGCAUAUGCUUUGUAUGGGUGAGCACAUAUGAAUUAGCUCAGCCCAC